UUAAUCCAGCGCCCUCACUGCACAGCGUGACGUCAUAAAUCCAUCAUGGCGGCUGUGUUUUGGCGAGGUAAAAUGCCGGUUCUGAACAGAAUUUCUGCUCAAUUGGCACGAACGAUUCGCGCUGCUAACAAACUCCAGCCUAAUACACCCUGUUCCCUGAGGGCAUCAUUGCCUAGACUACGGCAGCUCUCGACAACCACAGAGGAGUCAGACAAUCUGACGGCACCAUUUGGUGGGCGACACACAGUUACACUCAUUCCUGGAGAUGGAGUUGGACCAGAACUGGUCAACUGUGUCAAACAGAUGUUCAAAGUGACUGGAGUCCCUGUGGAUUGGGAUGAAGUCCAUAUCAGUGAUGUGACAUAUGGAAGUCGGUACACUCUGGAUGAUGCCGUUGAGUCACUGCAGAGGACAGGAGUUGGUCUUAAAGGUGCGUUGACCACACCCUCAAGUCUCAGUAGUACAGACUACCUGUCACUUAACCAGAGGAUGAAAACAGAACUGGAUCUGUUUGCAAAUGUUGUUCACUGUCGAAGUCUUCCUGGAGUGAAGACCAGGCAUGACAACAUAGAUAUUGUCAUCAUCAGAGAGCAAACUGAAGGAGAGUACACCAGUCUGGAACAUGAGAGUGUUCCUGGAGUUGUGGAGAUGUUGAAAAUUAUUACUCGGCGCAAGUCCCAACGAAUUGCAAAAUUCGCUUUUGAUUAUGCCACCAAACACAAUAGAAAGAAGGUUACAUGUGUCCAUAAAGCUAACAUCAUGAAAAAAGCAGAUGGACUUUUCUUAAACACCUGUGCAGAUGUUGCUAAACUUUACCCCAAGAUCCACUUUGAAGGCAUGAUUGUGGACAAUACAUGUAUGCAGCUUGUUGCCAAACCACAGCAGUUUGACGUCAUGGUGUUGCCUAAUCUGUAUGGUAGCAUUGUUGAUAAUGUGGGGGCAGGGCUGGUCGGUGGAGCUGGUUUAGUCCCUGGUGUAAGCAUCGGUAGCCACUUUGCCAUCUUUGAACCGGGUGCCCGCCAUACCUACGCUCAGAUGGCUGGUCGGAAUGUGGCUAACCCUACGGCCAUGUUACUAGCAGGAGUUGAUCUCCUUCAUCACCUUAAUCUUGGCCAAUUUGCUGUUCAAAUACAGAAAGCUGUUGAGAAGACAAUUAAAGAUGGCAAGGUUCUGACCAUGGAUAUGGGUGGGAGCGCAAGCACCACAGACUUCAUGCAGGCGGUCAUAGGCAACCUACAGCUCCACUGACGCCGUCUUGGGAUAACCUUUUUUAUGCUUUGUACUAAAAGGAAGAAAUACACUUACGCUGCAGAUGGCAAGGCUGGCUAUCAAGGAGGUUAAGAAGCUAUUUAAAGACUGCAUGCAGGAGUUGAUAUGGAAUUGAAUUGGAUUGAAUUGUAUAUAAGCAUCUGGGUAUUGAUAGGGUAAACUGGAAAUAAUUGUAUUGUACAGAAAUAAAAUCUAUUGCUAGCACAACA